CGCUAUGAAGAAUUGGAAGUAUAGUUAAAUUGAAGGAGCAUGUAUAUAUAUAUAUAUAUAUAUAGCGAAUUGAAGUUGUAGAAAUAGAAAUAGAGAAAGAUGGCGUUGGAGGACCACGACGACCAAAUCCUCCCACCACGCUACUCCGAUCACCACCACACCUCCUCCGCCGCCGCUUGGGAGAAGGAGAGAUGCAAGGCCGACAUCCUAAGCCACCCGGUCUACGAGCAGCUGCUGUCGGCCCACGUGGCGUGCCUCCGCAUCGCCACUCCCGUGGACCAGCUGCACAAGAUCGACGCCCAGCUCGCCCACUCGCACCAGAUUGCCGCCAAGUACUCUCUUCUCCCGCCCCUUCACCACAAGGACCUCCACCCUUUCAUGACACAGUAUGUUCUGUUGCUAUCCUCAUUUAAAGAACAACUUCAACAACAUGUCCGAGUCCAUGCCAUGGAAGCAGUCAUGGCUUGUUGGGAGAUUGAGCAAUCAUUGCAAAGUUUGACAGGGGUAGCACCGGGUGAAAGCACGGGAGUAACCAUGUCCGAUGACGAGGAGGAGGAGGAGGAGGAGCAUGUCGACAGCGAGAUGAACAUGUUCAACGAGAGUAUGGAUGGAUCGGACAAUAUGGGAUUCGGCCCUCUUGUCCCCACUGAAAGUGAGAGAUCUCUGAUAGAACGCGUGAAACAAGAGCUCAAACACGAGCUCAGACAGGGUUAUAAGGAGAAGAUCUUCGACAUCAGAGAAGAAAUAUUGAGAAAGCGAAGAGCGGGAAAACUGCCCGGCGACACUACAUCCGUGUUGAAAGCGUGGUGGCAAUCACAUUCCAAGUGGCCAUAUCCAACAGAGGAAGACAAGGCAAGACUAGUUCAAGAAACAGGCUUACAGCUGAAACAAAUAAAUAAUUGGUUUAUCAACCAAAGGAAAAGGAAUUGGCACAGCAAUCCUUCUUCAUCUUCUUCUCCGAAAAGCAAGCGCAAGAAGUGACAAAAACAACUAAAUGACCAAAUUUUGGUUAUAUAUUUAGGUUGCUGUUAUCAACAAUAUCUCAGAUCAUUUAAAUUUUAAACAUACUAUAUGAAAGUUGGAUUUUGUAUAAAGUUGUGAUUUUGAAGCCUUGCUUAGAUAGUUGGAUAAUCCCACGUUUUAGAAACUUUUUUUUGCUAUAGUCAUAAUUUUGAGUCUAUUUUCUUUCUUGGUCUAAUUAAUGUACGUACCAAUGCAAAUAAGCGCUUGUAUAUUUAUUUUUGCAUUA